AUGCGUUGUCGGGGUGAUUGGUGGGUGCUGUGUAGCUCACUGUCCUGACUGUACAUUGUAGCACAGACCUCUUUGCCGUGUGUGGGAGCGAUAUUGAUAAACAACACUGGAUUGCAACAAAGGGCUGACCAACAGAGGGCAGUGUGAGAUUUGAACAAUCCUACAUUCCUCCGGUCUCCUCAGGUCCUCGCUGUUUGUCUGCAGUCAGAAUCACCCCUCUGACAAGCAUGAAAGGCUCUCCUGACCUAAUUCCGGCUGCAGAGCUGGACCCUACAAGGGUGUGUAAAGGGAAGGGGGUCGUGACUCUGAGGGCCACUCUGGUACACAUAGACGACGAGGACUGCGUCAGUAAAGAGUCCAACGUCGAAACAGCACCAGGUAGUUGGAUCGGCCAGAUCAAUGGAGACAGCUCUCUAACAGGAUUGGCUGAGGGAUGCUUCCACGACAUCACAGCUGAUUUACCUACAGUCAACAGAACUCAACCCCAGGGAAGUUCUCCUGUGAGCACCGAAGAACACCAGUUUCUUGCCUUUGACAUUCAGAGCCAUAUUACAUCGACAAAGGCUCCCUCUGCCUACCCAUCCACCACCAAAACUGUCAACCCAACCAUAGUUCUGCUACAACACAACAGAGACCCCACCCCAGAGAGGGACAAAUUGUCUGAUCCAGGACCUGUAGUUGGGGCAGAGAGAGAACAGAGCCAACACCCAGAUAUGGACGGCAAGAGGAUGAGGUUCUCACAAUCCCCUGUCUUGGGCCCACUGAACCAGCCCAACCUGCCAGUACGGAACACAGAAAAGUCCAAGGACUGGUACAAGAACAUGUUCAAACAAAUACACAGAAUUCCAGAACCUGUUGAGGAAAACCCAUACCGCCCCACCUACAUAUUCCCUGAAUUCUAUGAUCCUAGACAGAUGAAAACCACAGAUGAUGGUCCCUCCCCCUACGGUUUUGUGGAAGAUGUGAAAGGGGUCCCACGGUCAAAAAGUGCAGCUGAAGUUGACCAUAGGUCGUCUAUGCCUGUGCCAACCCGGUCCUCUUCCCUCUUCCCUUCCAAAAGGAACGAGUGGGAGCCCCCUGACAAAAAGGUAGACACCAGGAAGUACCGUGCCGAGCCCAAAAGCAUCUUCGAGUACGAGCCGGGAAAAUCAUCGGUGCUGAAACUGGAGAGAAAGAGUGCCCCCUCUUUUAGCCCCCUGGAAACACCCGCCGAACUACAGCAGUACUCCGGGUGUAAGGCCGGACACAGCGAGGUGGAGAAGGACGAAGGAUCAUCCAGCAGCGAGCCAGCGGCUCCAGAAUGUGACCGCCAUGUUUACAAGAGUGUCCUGGAGGGCGGCGACAUUCCCCUGCAAGGUCUGCGGGCCAUCAACAAGCGCCAUGCCAGCACCUCCUCCAAAGAUUCAGACUCUUUGACCCAAGGAGACCUUGGUGACGGCCUGGAUGAGGUGGUCAGGAGACGCCAUGGAGAUAAAGAGAAAAUUUUGGAAGAGCAACGGCGGCUGAAAAGGGAGCAGGAGGAGGCCGACACGGCAUCGAGGCGACACACGGGAAUUGUUCCCACCCACCAUCAGUUCAUCACUAACGAACGUUUCGGAGACCUGCUCAACAUCAACAUCAAUGACGCAGACAAGAGGAAAUCCGGAUCAGAGAGAACUCCAGCCCUGGCUCGGUUUGACUUCAGAGCGGAGACUCUAAAGGAGUUACCAUUUCAAAAGGGAGACAUUGUGUACAUCAUUCGACAGGUGGAUAAUAAUUGGUUUGAAGGGGAGCAUCACGGCAGAGUCGGCAUUUUCCCACGGAGUUAUGUUGAGCUUCUUCCCCCCACGGAGAAGGCCCAGCCAAAGAAGAGUGCCCCAGUGCAGGUGCUGGAGUAUGGAGAGGCCAUUGCACGCUUCAACUUUACAGGGGACACGGUGGUGGAGAUGUCUUUCAGAAAGGGAGAGAGGAUCAUCCUGAUUCGCAGGGUCGAUGAGAACUGGUACGAGGGCAAAGUCUCUGGCACCAAUCGCCAGGGUAUAUUCCCAGUCACCUACAUAGAGGUGCACAAACGACCCAGAGUAAAGAAUGGAUUGGAUUACCCAGACCCCCCCAUUGGCCAAUCACCUCACCGCAGCCUCAAUGCUUCCCCUCAGCUGGUGAAGAAUGAUAGCGACUACCAUGGAAGAACCUCCAGAAGCCCUGUCAUGUUGUUUGACAUCCAGGACAACAACAUGAAUGCUAACUCAUUCACGCAACCCCAGUCCCACAGCAGCAGCCCGGAGCCAAGCCGUCUCAGCUGUGGAAUUUUCCAGGCUUUGUACAGUUACGUGCCACAGAAUGAAGAUGAGCUGGAGCUGCAGGAGGGAGAUCUUGUCAGUGUCAUGGAGAAGUGCGAUGAUGGCUGGUUUGUUGGUACCUCGAAGAGGACAAAACAGUUUGGCACGUUUCCAGGAAAUUACGUAAAAGAGGUCAACUUAUAACCUGUCAACAAACAUUUAUAGUGUGAGGAGAACCUAGCUCUAACCCUUGGUUGCCUGUUGAGUGUUGGGAAAUAAUUACUUUUACUCUUGACUGUUUAAAUUAGGACAGUCAUUUAGUCAAGUGAAUACGUUUGUCUAAUGUAAGUGAUCAGUUUGGUCUGAGGUAUGUUAAUGUGCAUGAGGUGGCAAUAGGAGAAAGCUAGCUGUUGACACUCUGCCCAAUCGUCAGUGUGGUGUACACAUACCUUAACCACGUCCUGCAGAGUACAUGGUAUUCUGACAAUGGAAUUUUUAGUAAAACAAUUAAAUGUCACACACUGCGGUAUACACUGAGUGUACAAAACAUUUAGGAACACCUUCCUAAUAUUGAGCUGCACCCCCCUUUACCCUCAAAACAGCCUCAAUUCA